AUGGGCUCUCUGCCGGUACAUCGGGUGAACUCGUCGCCUCCGUUCACGCACACCGGCAUCGACUUGUGCGGGCACUUCGUCGUGGCCUCUGGACUGAAGGGCAACCGCAACAUGGAUGUCUACGUGUGCAUCUUUGUGUGCUUUGCUACCAAGGCGGUGCACCUUGAGGUGGUGGAGGACCAAUCCACGCAAGCCUUCAUCUCCGGCCUCAUGCGCUUCGUGUCACUGCGCGGUAGGCCAAAUGUUAUUUACUGCGACAACGGUCGUAACUUCGUGGGUGCUGCUCGGGAACUGCACCGGCUCCGUGACGUUUUCAACGAUGCCCAGUUCCAGCACCACGUCGUCGAGCUGGCCGCCGAUGAGGGAAUCUGUUUCUCCUUCAUCCCUCCUCGCAGCCCCAAUUUCGGUGGGUUGUGGGAGGCAAACAUCAAUGUGGCCAAGCGACUGCUGAAGGCGGCUUCCCGUGGCGCGCGGUUGAGACUGAUCGAGAUGCAGACGUUCAUGCACCAGAUCUCAGCGAUCCUCAAUUCGCGGCCGCUUACAGCAACACGUACAUCGCCCGAGGACGUCGAGGCCCUCACUUUCUUAUCGGGCGCUCCUCCUUUAACACUCCGGCAACGUUGA